AAAAAAAGAAAAAAGAAAAAAAAGAGAGAGGAGAGAGAGAGAGAGAGAGAAGGAGGAGGAGGGGGGAGGAAAAACACUAAAGGGGUAGCUAUGGAGAUGGAGCGUUUUCCUGGCUGCUUUCUUUGACAGGUGUUGAGUGGGGUAAAAGUCUUAAAACAGAAUCCAGCAUGUACGCCAAAGGUAAAGGAGCUGUCGUCCCUUCCGAUAGCCAAGCGAGAGAAAAGUUAGCUUUAUAUGUCUAUGAGUAUUUGCUGCACGUCGGCGCACAGAAAUCAGCACAGACUUUCCUGUCAGAGAUCCGAUGGGAGAAGAACAUCACACUCGGGGAACCUCCAGGAUUUUUACACUCAUGGUGGUGUGUAUUCUGGGAUCUGUACUGCGCUGCCCCGGACCGGAGGGAGACAUGCGAACAUUCCAGCGAGGCCAAGGCUUUCCAUGACUAUAGUGCAGCCGCUGCCCCCAGUCCAGUGAUGGGCAACAUGCCCCCCAAUGACGGCAUGCCAGGAGGACCCAUGCCCCCAGGCUUCUUUCAAGGUCCUCCAGGAUCGCAGCCUUCGCCGCACGCACAGCCUCCCCCACACAACCCCAGUAAUCCCAUGAUGGGACCUCACGGACAGCCAUUCAUGUCUCCACGGUACCCAGGUGGCCCAAGGCCCUCCCUCCGUAUGCCAAAUCAGCCCCCUGGGGGAAUCCCCGGAUCACAGCCUCUCCUGCCAAACAGCCUGGACCCCACCAGACCUCAAGGACAUCCAAACAUGGGCGGUCCAAUGAGAAUGAAUCCCCCCCGAGGCAUGGGAGGCAUGGGCCCACAGAACUACGGCGGAGGGAUGAGGCCUCCUCCCAACUCCAUGGGGCCAGGGAUGCCAGGGAUGAACAUGGGUCCUGGUGGAAGAGGUCCUUGGCCUAACCCCAACGCCAACUCAAUAGCUUAUUCAUCUUCAUCUCCAGGCAACUAUGUGGGCCCUCCAGGGGGAGGCGGCCCACCAGGAACUCCCAUCAUGCCUAGCCCCGGAGACUCAACAAACUCAAGUGAAAACAUCUACACAAUGAUGAACCCCAUUGGCCCAGGCGGAAAUAGACCUAAUUUCCCGAUGGGACCGGGUCCUGAUGGGCCGAUGGGUGGGAUGGGCGCAAUGGAACAGCACCAUAUGAACGGAUCACUAGGCUCUGGUGACAUGGAUGGGUUGCCAAAGAACUCUCCCAACAACAUGGCGGGCAUGAACAAUCCCCCCGGGACUCCGCGGGAUGAUGGCGAGAUGGCAGGCAACUUUUUAAACCCAUUCCAAAGUGAAAGUUAUUCACCCAACAUGACGAUGAGUGUGUGAUUUUUUUUUUAUUUUAUCUUUUAUUUUAUUUCUUUUUCAUCUACCCUUACCCAUAUCUCCCUUUCCCGCCGUGGUGCGUCUUGCAUUACCUUCCUCCCUCCCUUCCUACCUCCUCCUCUUCCUCUUCUUCCUCCUCCCCUCCUGGAUGGUGUGCUGUGCCACACAGCCCCUGGGGAUGCCCCUGGAAGGCAGGACUCCCCUCAAGGGCCCCCAUCCCAACGCCUGUAAAAUGGGGGUAAGAGCAUGAAACAGUCUCCAAGCAAUAGGAAGGGUCUCUUCACCGCUUCUCCUCGACCACCGGGCUUCAUCGCGGGCCCAGGACAGUGAGAGCCCCUAACCAUGUCUCCCCAAAACCUCUACCUGCCCCUGCGGGUGGCAUCCAUACCAAUCAAGGUGCCGCUCUGCAGCCAGCUCCACUCCACCACCACCACCACUCCAUUAUAUUAUGCUGAUUAUAACUUAAAUUAUGAGGGCACGCAGUAGUUGACUGAUAGGGGCUGAAAACCCUCAUUCAAUAACUCUGCUCCAUUUGUGGGGAGGGGUAAUGAGAAAAAAAAAAGAACUGAUAAUGUUAUUUUAGGGCAAGAAUGGUUUUCAUUAAAUGUUUGUAUUUUUGUUGUUGAUAAUAUUAUUGUUAUAAUUUUCAUAAUUGCUAUUAUUGUACUAAUGAUGUAGUUAUGAUUUCCUGUAAAGGGCACAUUUUAUUUCAGCAGCAGCAUCAACAAGACAGAAAAAGCACACACUCGAAAAUGCACAAUGAUUUUCUGUUUACAUGAUUUUAGGUAUUUUGAUGUUUGUUUGUUUUGUUUUUGUCGCGGUCAACCUUGCUUCACAUACCUCUCCGUAAAAUUUUCUUAGGAACUUGUAGCUUCACGAUCUAAAAGUUUGUAGCACCAGAUGCAUAAACUUUUAAAUGUCAGAGUAUGAUAGGAAUGAUUGACUAUUCUCACCUAAUGAAAUGGUUGCUGCUGAGGUAUAAUCUUGGCUAAAACUGUCCAUAUAAUCAUAACAGGCUUUUCCCAGAGCCUCUGCUUUUUUCUGGCACAAAAUAUCUGUUGGUACACCGGAAUAAUCAGUCUACUGGGUUUUUUGUUUUUUGUUUUUUUUUUUUUUGGUCUUAAUAAGCACCCCACUUCUCAAUAUUUUGUGGUUUUACUGUGUGGGAAUGGACUGUUGUGGUGGAAUUCCUGAGAUGAUUUUCAGGACAGGUGGCUUUGAACAUUUGUUUUGAUUCAUGCACAACUGCCCAUCUGUCUUGGCGUUUCUCAUUCAGUAAUGGACAGAGAGAUUUGCAGAUCCUCUCUGUCUCUUCAAUGGAUUUGGUCUUGCCUGUAAAUACAACAUAUUUAGCUUGUAUUGUGGUUGUUUUUAUUAUUUGUUAUUUACAAGUUGUCUGUGAAUCCUAAAAAAAAGAGGCUCCUUCCCCUUCAUCACUUUGUUUGAUUUCAACCUCACCGUGGACUCGAGUGGCACUGUUUUCCUCCUAGGAUUCAUUCUGGUCACUUGCCAGUGUCUCCUUGACGAUGAAACUGGGAGAGAUUCUGGGACCUCUGAUACACACACAAAGCCUGCCCUCUUGUGUUCAGUUUGGGUUGAACUCACAGAUCCUUAUGAUCCACUGUCUUAGCCCAGACGAGACAGGCGAGCUAACCUUCUCCUCGGAGCUCCCAUCGACCAGUUUCCUCUGUGAGUCCUAUGUGUACGGGAUAAUGGAUCUUGGGUAUUGGGUGGCUGUAACUGGUGAUGGGAGUAGAGUGAUGCAACUAGGGGUUAAUGGAUGAUGCAGCCUCGAUGGUCUAAAGAAGAGGCACAAUGAUAGGUUACUUUUGUAAUGGAGCUAUUUCCAUUUUUGUGGAUUGUUUUCUGCAAAUUGUUUUUAUUUGAUUUUCUGUGAAGUGUAUUCAAGAGGGAAAAAAAGAUUGUUGAAAAAAAAUAAUAAAGCCCAUAGAAUCUGCACACAAAGGAAAAUCAUAGUUACAUUUUACGCUAUUUAAUUUGUUGGUUUUUGGUACUUUAUGUACCCCUUGGCCUGAUCGACCCUCUGUCACUGUUUCAAAGAUAUGAAUUACUGUAUCUUUCAUGACAUCACGCUGCAGCACUUACUUUAUUGCUGUGGUCAGGCCAUCAAUAGCAAAAAAAAAAAAAAAAAAAAAAAAAAAGCCAUUGUAGCCUCUGUUGGUUGGUGUAUUUAUCAGUUUUGUGAUAUCAAUGUGAACCAGAUGGUGUUCAGAGUUCAACAGGGACAUCUCCAGGGUUAGGCUAUCAGUGGCCUGGGAAACACACUCUCCAGUGUUCCUUCAAUGUACUGAGACACACCUCCCUUUAUUUCCCCUCUCCUGUCUCGCUGCAAUCCCAUCCCACACUCCCCACUCCCCUUUUCUUUAAUUUCCUUUUUUGUAAAUACUGUAUAAUGCAUUUUGAUAUCAUUGACAUGUUUUGAUAUGUCAGUCACUACCAAUGAAUACAGCUGAAAGUAAAUUAUAAAUAAACUGUCCAUGUUUUUCAUAGAGAAACGAUGCGCUUAAGAUUUGGUUCAUGUGGGCAAACGCUAAAUUUGCUUUAAAAUAUAUCAAAUACAGUAACACAACAAACAGAAACUGUGCGCUAAAGACUUGUAUGGUGGGGAGGAUAAAUGCUUGGAAUAGGCUAAAACUGCCACCAAAUGUCUUGUAAGGACAGAGAGAGGCGAAUGAGGAUGAAGAAAUGACUUCUUAUGCAGCUGCGGCUUCCUCACUCUGCCCUUGCCUCCUGUGUUGUCAGUUCAAUUUUACAAUCGGCUUUGAGUAAUCGUUGGAUUGAUUAUUCCAAAAGGGCAUCUUCUCAUCCAAAAAACAUGUGACCACAUAUUACAGUUUUUAAUAUGAAGGAUUUUUAUCAAUUUAAGAAAAAAAACUUUUAAAAAGGAAAAAAUACUUAGAGAACCUCAUUUUAAAUUAAGAAUAGAUCAAAAAGUAAUACUUAUGGGGAAAAACUGUGUCCUUUGCUAUUCACUCCUGUAAUAGCGUUGUAUAGAUUGAUGCUCUCUCACUGAUCCUCUCUCAGUCCUCUGUGUAUAUCGAUUGUUGGCCAUCUCUGUACUUCUAUUGUGAUGUAUAAUACUGUACCAUUAGGAAGAUUUGCUGGGUGGGCGGGGAGGUUAUGUUUGGUCGGGGAGGGGUGGGGAUUCGAGGGAAGGGGAUAUAAAUGAUUCUCCUGUACCGUUCAUGGUCCUUUCUGAUGACACGGCAGUAUUCAAUAUGAAGCAGUCUGUCUCUUGGGUUUGCUUUGUAUUUCAUGGUAGGAUAGUUCAGAAUCUUGUCUUAGGGACUUAGGUGUCUUGUGUAGGUAAUAAAGAUGUCCUUUGUAUGUUUCUUUAUAUUGUAAAGUUUCUUUAGACUGAAAGAAAAACAGAUAAUUUGCUUAUCAAAAAAGAAACAAUGCAUCAAUAAUAAAUGUCAUUUGAUUUUU